CCUAUCACCAAGAGACACACUGUGAAAUAUACGCGCCCAGACCACCUUCUUGCCUUUAACUUCUGUGACACGUAACAUAAACAAUUUAGGUCGACUUCAACAGUCCAGUCUUCCUCAUCCGUAUAACACCGGUAUUAAGGAAUGCUUUUGCUGGUUUACUGACAAGUGUUAGCGGUCAAUUAAGGAAUGGCGGACGCGGAGGAGUCAACAGGAAUGGCGGAGAAUGGCGAGCAGCUGCCUGGAGAGCAGGAGGGUCCAACUGAAGACGCCGUCGCUAAUGAGGAAGCACCUGUCCCAGUCGACCAGGAAGGCGGGGCCACCCCUGGUGAUGCUCCCGCGGCCGAAGCGGAGGCUCCCCAGCAAGGGGCCCCAGAAGAGGCCCCUCCUCAGGAGGCACCCCCAGCGGAUGCAGGCCAGCCCGAACAACCAGCUGCGACGGGAGAUGCUGUUGCGGAGCCGGCGGAGCCGGGCGAGAGGGAAGAAGCUCCGGCGGCAAACCCCGGCGAGGCGGGUGAGCCCGCAGCAGCAGGGGAUUCAGUGACGGAGCCCGCAGUGACGGAGCCCGCAACAACAGAGCCUGCAGAUGCUGCCGAGGUGCCAGAAGGGAUGGAGCCCGCAGCAGCAGAGUCUGCAGCAACAGAGCCCACAGAAGCCCCCGCGGCGCCAGCAGCGCCUCCACCAGCGGAGGAGGAGCAGCCGCCCAGCUCAGACCCAGCUCCCGAGGACGCAGCACCGGCGGACAGCGCAGAGGCACCCACCAGCAACAGCAGCAGCGACAGCGCACCCCAGGGCACCAUGCCAGGUGGUGCCGACGCGUCAGCACCCCCUGACUCCUCCCCAGCAGCGGCAGAGGAGGCCGCUGCAGCCGACGACGCCCCAGCUGCCCCUGCCCCGGCGCCUCCUGCCGCGCCGGUGCCAGCAAGCCAGGAGUCCCCUGAAGCACCCGAGGCGGCAGCAGCUCCAGCCCCUCCCGAGGCUCUUGCUCCAGCCCCUCCCGAGGCGGUUGAGACGCAAUCGGAGCCCGGCGCCCCAGAGCCCCCCUCCGCUGCAGCAGAGCCCGCCGAGGGCUCCCCAGCUGAGGCCUCCCCAGCAGAGGGCGCCCCGACAGAGCCCGCCGAGGGCUCCCCAGCUGAGGCCUCCCCAGCAGAGGGCGCCCCGACAGAGCCCGCCGAGGGCUCCCCAGCUGAGGCCUCCCCAGCGGAGGGCGCCCCGACAGAGGGCGCCCCCGCCGAGGCCGGCGCCUCUGACGAUGCCGCCGCUGCUACCGCAGCAGAACCCGGAGAGGCCGGCGGCGAUGCUCCCCCAGCGGACGGCGACGACGCGGCUCCUCCGGCACCCCCGCGGCCUCCCAGCCCUCCCUCCGCGGACAAGGUCGCCCCGCUGCUGUCCGUUCUCGGCCUUGACACGCACCGCCACAACAACAUGCUGCUGCUGGAUGACGACACGCUGGUGACCUGCAUUGGGUCGCAUGUGGUGUUCCUGUCGCUCAGCAGCGGCCGGCAGCGCUAUCUGCGUGGGCUGGACAGCGGGGGGGUGGGGGCGGUGGCGGUGCACCCCUCACGGACGCUGCUGGCGGUGGGGGAGAAGGCGCGAGGGGGCGCGGGGCCGUGCGUGUACAUCUACACAUACCCGCAGCUGGAGUGCACCAAGGUUCUUCGCGCGGGCACGGAGCGUGCCUACAGCGCCCUGGCCUUCGACUCCAAGGGCGACACGCUAGCCUCCGUGGGCUCCUUCCCCGACUUCCUGCUGACGCUGUGGGACUGGCGCGAGGAGGCCAUCGUGCUGCGCGCCAAGGCCUUCAGCCAGGACGUGUACACGGUGGCCUUCUCGCCCUACUUUGAGGGACAGCUCACCACCUCGGGUCAGGGCCACAUCCGCUUCUGGCGCAUGGCCUCCACCUUCACCGGCCUCAAGCUGCAGGGCGCGCUGGGCAAGUUCGGCAACGUGGAGCUCAGCGACGUGGCGGGGUUCGUGGAGCUGCCGGACGGCAAGGUGCUGAGCACCACGGAGAGCGGCGAGCUGCUGCUGUGGGACGGCGGGCUGAUCAAGGUGGUGCUGCUGCGCCCCGGCGGACAGCCCUGCCAUGACGGGGCGGUGGAGGUGCUGCUGCAUGACCGGGCGUCGGGGGUGAUUCUGUCGGCGGGGGCGGACGGCUACGUACGGGUGUGGGACUUCAACCAGGUGAACGACGCGGAGCCGCGCGAGGACGGUCACACGCUGGAGCUGCGGCCGCUGGACGAGGUGCACGUGGCGGCGGGGGCGCAUGUGGUGUCGCUGCUGUGGGAGGGGCGGCGCUGGGUGGUGGUGGACAGGGCGGGAAGCAUCUACAUCAUCACGCUGCCGGCGUCGGGCUCGCUGAGCAAGGGCGCCACCGUGACAGCUGUGGCCACCCACCCCGCGGGUGCCGUGGCGGGGCUGUCGGUGUCGCCGCUGUCGCACACGUGCAUGGCGGCCAGCCGGGACGGACAGCUGCGGGUGCUGGACUACAGGACCGGCGCCACACUGGCCAGGGCGGCGUGUCCGCAGCCCAUCACCGCCUUCGCCGCGCUGCCCCGCCCCGGCGCCUCCGCCAUGAUGACCGCCGUCACCGGAUACCGAGACGGAGUGGUACGGGUGCACACCCGCUGCGCCCUGCCGGCCCCAGCCCCCGCACUGCCGCCGCCACCGCCACCCGCACCACCCGCGGAAGGCGAUGCACCACCGGAGGGUGACGCAAGCGGUGCAGCAGCAGCAGCGGCAGCAGCGGCACCUCCUGCGGGGCCUCCCGCGCCCGUUCCCGCCGCCCCUCCGCCACAACAGCUGGCCCUAACCGGCGCCGCCAAACCUCACAAGGGCGCGGUUACCGCCAUGGCCGUGUCUCGUGACGCCAGUCGGCUAGCCACGUGCGGAGAGGACGGUACCGUGUUCUUCUUCGAUCUGCUGCCGCUGGCUACGGCAGCGGCUGCUGCUGCCGCCGCCGCCGCCGCUGCUGGUGCUGCUGGUGCGGGUGCGGUGGCGGCUGGCUGCGGGGUGCUGGUUCCGCGUGCGUAUGUGCGGCUGGCGCAGGGCAGCGGUGUGGCCACAUGCGCCACCUGGGAUGCGACGGAGCGGGCGGUGCUGGUGGGAACCAGUCGGGGGACCAUCCUGCAGGUUCCGCUGCCCCCCGAGGGGCUCAACACGCACCACACCUACGAAUGGGCGGGUGCGGAGGUGCGCGCCUUCCCCUUCUCCGUGCCCAAACCCAAGAAGCCCAAGAAGGCUAAGAAGGCGAAGGACGGGCAGGAGGGCGGCGAGGGCGGGGAGGGAGCCGCGGAGGGUGCGGAGGGCAAGGCGGCUGCGACCGGCGCGGAAGAGGGCGCGCAGGGCGGCGAGGCGGCCGGCGGGAAUGGCGAGGGCGAGGAGGAGGGCGGCGAGGAGGAGGAGGAAGAGGAGGAGGACGGCGAGGGGGACAGCGGCACGGAUGGCCCCGCCUCCUCCAGCGGCGAACUCCUCACGUUGACCCCCGCGCAUGAUGACCCCACAACGCUGCUCGUGACGGCGGGGGGCACCGGACAUGCGGCUCGCAAGGUGUGGCGAGUCAACUUCAGCGAGCCGCUGGCCUCCCCCGUGCUGGAUGGCUUCCCCUCCGCGCCCGUCAGCUUCUUCGCCUACAGCGCGGACGGGCGGCGGGCGCUGCUGGGCAGCGGGGACGGUCUGGUGCGCGUGCAGCCGCUGGAAGCCCCCUACGGCCCCGCCUCCGCCUCCACGGUGUGGGAGAGCCCGCUUCACGACAUGCAGACCGGCCGCAUGACCACCGUGGCGCUCUCAUUCGACGACGCCUACCUCAUCACAGCGGCGCGGGACGGAGCGGUGCACCUGCUGACGUCCCCCUGGUCCGGCGGACUGCUGCGCCCCAAGGACCCGCCCCCCGAGCUGCUGCUGGCGCCCUCCUCGCUGCCGCCGCCGCCCGCGGACAUCACCUCGACCUCCGCGUACACGCUGGAGGAGGAGAAGCAGCAGGCGGAGCGGGACCAGCAGGUCCGUGAGGCGGAGGAGAAGAAGCUCUCCGUGCGCGAGCGCCUCGCGCGCAUCCGAGCCGAGUUCGAAUCCCUCCUCUCCGAGAACGAGUCCCAGCCCGAGGCGCUGCGGCUGGGCCGGGGCGAGCUGGAAGUGGACCCCGGGCUGCGUGAGCUGAUGGAGGCGGAGGCGCAGCGGCGGGAGGAGGUGGCGCGGCUGGAGCUGGCUUGGGAGAGCGAGCGGCAGCGGCUGGGGCUGGCGAAGCUGAGGGGAUACUUCCUGGAUGGAGUGGAGACGGAACGAGUGGUGCUGUACUCGCUGCGAGACGGCAGUCGGGUAACCACCUUCCGCACCGCCAAGCUGUCGGAUGAGACGCGUGCGGAGCUGGCGGCGCUGCGGGCGGCGGCGGCGGCAGCAGCCUCGUCUGCAGCGGCGGGCUCUGAUGGCACGGGGCGGGACAUGGGGGGCAGUGACGCACGCAGGGGGAGCGAUACAGGCGGCGGUCCGAACAGCGAGGCGGCUGCUCGCGCCCGCCUGGCGGAGGCCACCGCGGCCCUGGCGGAGGGAACCGCCAGCGGCCGACUCAACAAGGCGGACCUGCGGCGGCUGGCGCGCAAACGGCGGGAGGCCGAGUGGGCGGCGUUCAAUGCGACGCGGCCGGAUGACACCUACGACAGCCCCGCCGACCUGCGGGCCAUUGAGGAGGCCCGGCGCACCAUCGGCGACUUCAAGCUCAAGAGCGACCCCAACUUUCUGGUUCCCGAGGAGGAGCGCAUGACCCCCCAGCGCAAGCGUCACGCCAUGCUGGAGCUGGAGGAGGCGGUCUACAACAUCAAACACGCAUUCAACGAAAAGUUCUUCGCGCUGCGUGACGUCAAGCGCAAGGUGCUCGCCGACGUGCGCGUCAAGCUGGCUGCCCUAGGGGAGCUAGCGGCGCUGGCGGGCUCCGCAGCGGGCGGCGGCAGCGGCGGUGACGCGGAGGCCACCGCAGCAGCCUACCUAGCGCCCUUUGCGAACAUACCGCAGGGGCUGCUACCUGACGAGCAGCCUGCCGAGGCGCGGGAGGCGGUGACGGAUGAGGACCUGGCUGCCUUUGCGUUGCGUAAGCAGGAGGAGGAGAGGAAGGCGGCGGCGGCGGC